AUGCCCAGCACCAGCAUCCCUGCCUUGCCGAAUACCCCAUCAUGGUCUUCCAUGACAGUUUUGUUUUUAGCAUUCUCCUGCUGCAAGAUUCUGUUGAUGCCAUCGUAUCGAUCGACUGAUUUCGAUGUGCAUCGCAACUGGUUAGCCAUUACCCGACACUUGCCCAUCAAGGAAUGGUACCAUGAUGAUGUCAAUGGGACCACCGUGCACACACUGGAUUAUCCCCCGUCCUUUGCCUAUUGGGAAUACCUACUGAGCAAUAAUCCCGUCACACAAUACUUGAUUCACGACGCUGAGUUGUUGGAUGAACGAUGUUUGCAGCUAUUGCCCGAUUCCGACAAUACACCAUCGGAAGCCUGUGUCAUCUUUCACCGAUCCACAGUCAUUUGCAGUGACAUGGUGUUAUGGUGGGGUGCUUGGGUGAUGGCCACUUCGUCAUCAACACCAUCACAAGUGUUAUUCCUUGGACAAUUUCCGGCAAGUUUCUUGUUGACCGUGUUUCAUCCAGGGCUGUUGUGGUUGGAUCAUGUUCAUUUUCAAUACAAUGGUAUGCUUUUUGGAAUAUUUUUGGCAUCAUUGGGGUAUUUGAUGAAAGUCAACAAUUCGUCUACUACAGAACGGGAGUUUCAUAAACAUCACUGGAAAGCAGCCGUUCUCUUUGCUCUUCUACUGACCAUGAAGCAUCUCUUUUUGACCUUGGGACCAUUUUAUUUUGUGUACUUGUUGCGACGAUAUUGUCUGGAACCACCGCCAUCCAAGCAAUCAUCAUCACAAAACACACCACAGAACUCGACCAAAACAAUUCAACUGUACCCUCUGCACCUGAUUACACUGAGCGUGUACACAGGGACAACCCUGCUCGUUCCAUUUCUACCCUUUUUGAGACAAAUGCCACAACUACUGAAACGGCUUUUUCCUUUUGGAAGGGGCCUGGUCCACGAUUACUGGGCGGCAAAUGUGUGGGCUCUUUACAGUUUUGUGGACAAGGUAUCGGGCUUGGCCCAUGGUCCAUCACUACUGGAUGUUCCGGCAUCAGUCUGUGCCCUUUUGUUGCUGCUAUCACUGCUCCCUGGUCUCUACUUUGGGGCCUGGAAGGCCGCCGAAGAACAUGACAACAUGAAACUCAUUACAGCAGUUGUCUACUCGGCCUUGUGCUCGUUCAUGCUGGGGUUUCAUGUUCACGAAAAAGCAAUCCUGAAUGCCAUUAUCCCGCUCCUCUUUCUUGUCUGUAACAACAGCAAGAACACCGCAUCACUCCGGGUAUUGUGUUUUCAAAUGACCUCCUUGGGGUUGCUGGGAAUCUUUCCCCUGCUGUUUCGCCCCGCCGAAUUGGCAUUGAAACUGGUCAGUUACGCUGCCUACAUGGCACUCUGCUAUCAUGUCUUGCUCGAACGCAUGGACAUGUCUCGACAACGGCUUGUGGUGGAGUUGCUUCCCCUUGUGGCCGUCGUGGUGGGACUUGUGAUGCUGUUGGAGUUUGUGCCAAUCCGGUUCUAUGGGAAGCUCGAAUUCCUUCCUCUCUUGUGCACUUCGGUGGGGUGCGCAGUGGGCUUGAUUCUUUGCUGGAUCCGACUAUCGCUAUGGAUGGUUGGUGUAAUCAUAGGCUGA